AUGGCGAUGUUCCUUGAGUUCUUUGUUCCAAGGUACCUUGGAAAACUAGCAGAGUUCGUCGAGGGAGAGGCAUGCAAGGUGCUUGGUGCAAAGAAGGAGAUCAAGAAGCUUCAGAGAAGGUUGGCGAGGAUCCAACCUUAUCUUGAGGAUGCAGAGAAGAAGAGGCAUGAAAAUGAAGCCAUCAAAGGUUGGGUGAUGGAUAUGCAAGACCUCAUGUACGACGCUGAUGACGUGAUUGAUCUUUGCAUGUUCGAAGGUGGAAAAUUAUUGGAGGCUCGGACAUCAGGAGUGCCGGAGGAAGGUGUUGAAGGAGGUGAAAGCAAAGAACAACUGGUCGAACAACUUGUGUCUCUGAUUUCACAAGAUUUCUUUGUGGUAUUGGAUGAUGUGUGGGGCACAGAUGUAUGGGAGAAAUUACUCAGGGAUCCUAUGAUGAGUGGAGUAGCUAGCAGUAGGAUCGUAGUUACUAGCAGAUACGAAGACGUGGUCAAAAGAAUAGGAAAUAAACAUAUCCACCAUGUCGACAGAAUGGAUAACGAGAGUGGCUGGGCAUUGCUCUGUAAAAUAGUUCUUCGAGAAGAGGAGGAUCAUGAGAUCGAGAGGUUAAAAGAAAUAGGAAAGAAAAUUGUUGAAAAAUGUGAUGGGCUUCCUCUUGCCAUCAAGGCCGUGGGAGGAGUUUUAAGAUCCAAGGAAACAAGUCAGGCAGAGUGGAAGAAAGUUUGUGAAAGUGAUUGGUGGCAUAUGAAACAGAUGGAAGAAGAAGUACCGAGGGCCUUAUACUUAAGCUACGAGGAUUUACCAUAUCAUCUCAAACUCUGUUUUCUUUAUUGUGCUCUUUACCCCUUAGAUAAUUCCCAACCACUUGCUCUACUUUGGGUGGCCGAAGGCUUUAUAGCUGAACAAGGAGAGAGGUUAAUGGAAGAUAUAGCUCUUGACUGCUAUAUGGAGCUAAUUCAGAGGAACCUAUUGCAACUCGAUCCUUAUUCUGCGGACCAGGUAAGAUACGUCAUGCAUGAUCUUCUGCGAUCUCUUGGUAAAAGUUUGGUACAAGGAGAAAGCAUUUGCAUGAUAGAUGACGAAACGUUGAAAAUGAAUUCCUCGAUGAAGAAGAUUCGCCGUUUGUCAAUGUCAAAUAUGGGGGAAAUAUUAACACUCCCCGGUGAAGUCAUGAAACAGAGUGAUUGUUUGAGAACGUUGCUUCUCUUCGACAGCCACCAAACAAAGACCGUCGAGGAUGAUGUGCUCAAAAGAUUAAGACAUCUACGAGUCCUGGAGCUGGCCUGCACAUCCAUUGAGACAAUUCCCGAUACCAUUGGAAAAUUGAUACAUCUGAGAUUCCUAUCCUUCGCAGGAACAAUGAUCCAUGAGAUACCAAAAACCAUAGGGCGCCUCGCAAACCUGCAAAUGCUGUUGGUGCAGGGGUGCCAACAAUUGCAUGUACUACCCAAGGCCAUCAUCAGAUUGCAUAACCUACGAUGUCUUGCUCUUUCUGAUACUCCACUGACUCACAUACCCAAAGGAAUAGGGAGAUUGAAGAAUCUUAACAGUAUCAUGGGAUUUGUGGUUGGCCAUGAUGAGUCGAGGAGCAAGCCGGAUGAGGAAUGGUGUGACCUGGAGGAGCUGCAAUCCCUAUCCAAGAUGAGACAUCUAAGCAUUUAUCAGUUGCAGAGGGCAACAAUAAACGGAGUCUCUGUGCUCACAAGCAUGUCCAUGCUUAGGGAACUGACAUUAGGAUGGACGAUGUCCGUAGAUCCGUGCAGCAGCGAAGAUCAGAUCCAAAGAGCGGAGAAGUUAUUCGACCAGCUCUCUCCUCCAUCAAGCCCGCAAAAGCUGUCGAUCGAAGGGUUUCCUGGUCGACGAUUUCCGAGCUGGAUGAUGUCAAAGACGACUCCAACGGGUGAUUCUUUGCCCAACCUGAAAUUCUUAUCUAUUUGGAAUCUUCCAUCAUGUGUGGAGCUCCCUCCGGUGAGCCGAUUCCCCCAGCUCAAAUGGUUUGAUGUUAACCGAGCGAAAGCAAUCAAAACUAUCGGCCCUGAAUUCCUCGGUCUGGGAGAAGCAGGAGGAGAACCCACGCGUCGCAAGCUUGAACAUCUGAAAUUCAAAGACAUGCCCAACUGGGAACAAUGGGAGGAGGAGAAGGUCGAUGGUGAUGACGGCGGACGAGCCCUGAGGCUGCUGAGGCUACUUCCUAAUCUAAAAUCUUGUUCGCUUGAAAACUGUCCCAAGCUGAGAGCUCUGCCAGAUGUCCUACGCCAUGCUCCCAACUUAGAAAGACUCGUCAUCCGGAACAAUCAUUUCAUCGGGGAAAUUGAUGAUCUCCCAUUCUUGGCGGAUAUGCUCUUAGUCGUACAAAUGGAGAUGCUGCAAAGGAUAUCCAACCUCCCCUCAGUCGAGGGGUUGAAUAUUCUUCACUGCCCACGAUUGGAGUACGUGGAGAAUCUGAACAUACUGCAACACCUGUGUCUUCUAUGUCCACCGGAAACCGAGCACCUUCCCAAGUGGCUACCGGAACUGAUCGAGCGACAUCGAAGUGCACCUUCCGCUCGCCGGAGCUUCAAAAAAUUUGAGCUCUACUGUGGCUUGCCACUACUCAGCAGCUGCCUCAAGGGGGAGCCAAAUUGGCACAUCAUUCAACAGAUUCCGGAGGUCAGAAUUCAAACCUAUGACGAGAGGAAUUUCUUAUAUGCAAAGGAUCAUGACAUCUAUGAAACAAAUGUGGGUUCAGAAUGA